GGCCCCCGCCAGGAUGAUGCGCUGAGGCAUUGACGUCUUGUGACGCAGGGCGGGUGAGAGGUCGCGGAGGCCGGAGCCGGCGCCUGCCUGGUUGGUGGCAGAGCGAGGCAGCGGGAGCUGGGCCUUUCUUUCCCUCAGGCGCCCCACAACUUCAUGGCGGCCCGGCGGCUCCGGGACCUGGUGCCCCUGGGAGCGCGGGCAGGGCUGAGGCCGAGGGCGGGCCUGGCUGGCGGUUUCAGGUACGUGCCAUCCUGUGGGAUCUUGAUGAUCAGAGCCCCCCGGGUCAUUAGCAGUCCUGAUUUGGAUCUUGCAACUCAGCACAGCAGGAGCUUUAUCAACUUCACAGCACCUUUCACCAACAAGCGAAAGGAAUACUCGGAAAGGAGAAUCAUUGGUUACUCUAUGCAGGAGAUGUAUGAUGUUGUGUCCAAUGUGGAUGAAUACAAGGACUUUGUUCCCUGGUGCAAGAAAUCAUCAGUGGUUUCUAAACGUACAGGCCAUGUGAAAGCCCAGCUGGAAGUCGGAUUCCCUCCAGUUGUGGAACGUUAUACGUCCAUUGUUACACUGGUGCGGCCCCAUUUGGUGAAGGCAAUCUGCACUGAUGGAAAACUCUUCAACCACCUAGAAACAAACUGGCGUUUCAGCCCAGGCAUUCCAGGUUAUCCCCGCACGUGCACAGUGGACUUCUCAAUUUCUUUUGAGUUUCGCUCCCUGUUGCACUCACAGCUGGCUACAGUUUUCUUCGAUGAGGUGGUCAAGCAGAUGGUAGCAGCCUUUGAACGCCGGGCAGGAAAGAACUUUGGUCCGGAGACUCGCAUUCCCCGAGAGCUCAUGUUCCACGAGGUGCACCAGACGUGAAAGCAUACUCUACUGCUAUGGAGGCUGCACUGACAUUUUGUGCCGGGGAAGUGUGGGGCUUCCCCAGCCUUUCUGUUUUUAUCUAUUUAUUUGGUUUCUGGUUAUCCUGUCUAAUUUAUCCACUGGGCCUGGUGUGAUGAAAGAGACUUGUUCCUAAGGAAAGGGCCAGGCUGUUGUGUUACCUCCAGAGCAACCUCUCCAUCUGCUGUCUCUUGCCUGGCCAUGCUUUUAUGCUAGGUCAUACAUAUACCAUAUAUAUCUAUAUAUUUUGUAGCACAGUUUUAUUUGAAUGUCCCUUUUUUAAAAUCUCUACUCUGAAGAUGAUCUCCUCUUUCAUCCCUCCCUGUCAUAUAUCCCUGCAUGGCUGCCUUUGGAUGCAGACGGUGCCAAUCCUGUGUCGUGGAUGAGAGAUGGUGGAAACCCUUGCGUGUCAUCUGGAUUUUGUUCUGUGCCUAAUGAAGGGAACUGUGCCUCUUAAAUCAUGUGUUCAAAGCAAAAAAACAAAAACAAAAAACAAACAAACAAGUACCUGGCCAAGAUUGUUUCUUUGUGAUAGAAGGAAGGAUGGAGGGAUGAGAAGAAUCUGUACCUGUUGCCUGAUAGUCUCAUUGAUUGUUGGUUUUGCCAGAUUCUGACGGCUUCCCUCUGCCCUGGAAAGAUUGGAGUCAAGUUGAGGAAAUGCAAAAGUAACAGAAUGAAGGCAGGGUAACAGUGCAGGGUCUGGCUUCAUUACAGGAAUUGAUUGGACACUGUCUUGCAAUUGCUGCCCUGACACUAUAUUAAGCAAAUAUUGGAUAAAGACUGUACCAUUGGGUGUGGACUCUACUUCCCCACCUGAUGUGGUAUCAAAAGCUUUGUUUAGCAUUAAGCUGUAUAAGGGAGGCUGGCACCUAGUCCGCCUUCCUGUUUUUGGCUAAUAGCUGAAUUCAAAGGAGCUUUGAGGCUUGGAAGGGAAGAUUUGUGCCAAAUUAAGGUUAAGGAAGAGAUGGCUCUUGGAGCCUUCAUUAUUUUAGAAAUGAGAUAAUGGAAGCCCCCAAUUAGUACAUUUUCUUCUAGCAUACCAUCACAGUGUUCUGUAAAAUCCAGUUUAGCAUAGCCUCUUGGUUUGUUUAAAUCUAAGUUCAAACUACGUAAUUCUUCUUGGACCCAAAGUACUAUAGGUCUUAGAAGUCCUCUCUCGGGAUCUUCAGUGAGCAUCUUGGGAGUUAUUCCAUAGUGAAACCAAAUAUAAGGUUCAUUUGACUUCUUCCAUAGUUUGGGCCUGGGCAAUGUAGUCUGGUGCAGCAGCUUUGGGGACUAGAGGACCAUUUUCCCAGAAUCAUGGUUCAUAAACAUUAUGCCUUGUGAUGCUUCUAGAAAUGAAGCUUCCACAGUGUGGAGUAUGCCUGCCUCACUCAUAUCAUGGGUCAGAGCAAUUUAGAGGCUCUGAUACAGUUCUGUAUCCUGUAAAUUCUAGUUCUAGGCUAUUACAUGCCUGCUGUAUGCCCAAUAGUUGUCCUAGAAAACCAGAGCUCUUGAACUAGCUGUGUAGCACAAGUCAUUUAUUGCACUACAAUUCCCAAAACUCCUCGGUAUGUUUUCUACUGCCCAUAGUGGGCUGAGAGUUGUUGUCGAAAAAGGCUUUCUGGGUUCUGCAGAAACUACUUUUUUUUCUGUGAUUCUGUUGUAGGCAUCCCCCAUUCCCAUGUGAGAGAUCCAUUUAUGUUUUUUUGUCCUGUUUUUUAAUUUGAAUGCCCUCUUGGUUUGCAAAGAAAUUUUAUAUGUUAGUUGCACACUUUGCACAAGCCGCAUGCACGUACAUGAUUGCCAGUGUUGGACAUGAAUUCUAUCUUGGCUCGAUGUCCAUAAAGAGGGGCCACCCAACUCUCCUUUCCCAUUGUGUCCCACAGGACUGGGUCAAGGGCUGGCCCAUGUAGUGUGGGCUUGAGGCGCUGUGGGAAUCUGGGGCAGUGUGCCUAAGCAUGUUUGCUUUUGUAGCAUUGGGCAAGUAUGAGGGAGGGAGAGCUAUCAUUGUGUAUCAUUCUUUUCCUUUACUACCCAUUUAUUAUGGCUUCCUGAGGUUUUCUGCCUAAUGUUCAUGGAAUGUGUGGCAAAAUUUUUCUGUAAAGGUGUGGUAUACAUGUCAUUAAUAAAUAAAGAGUAAUUAAAUAUUACCAUAGGGGAACCUAGAUGCUCAAAGCCCUGCUCCUUGAGACCCUGUCUAGCAGUCAGGUCACCCCAUUUGCCUCAGUUCUCAUGAGUGGAUUACUUAGCAUAGGUGACUAAAACCAUCCUUUGAGCCUUUUCCUUCGGGACCAAAAUCCCCACACUAGGCCCAGGCUGUUUGGGUAAUGGGAGGCAAACUAUUUCUGAACAGUAAAGGCCUGCUUUCCCUCUGCCUAAAAUGUAUCAUGAACUCAGGGGAAGAAGGUUGAUGCUUGUUGUGACAUAGCGGAGUUAUUUCUUUAAUCUUAAGCCAGUUUGGAUCUAUGCUUGGCUUUCUUGCCAGGGGUCCCUGUUAGUUAGUUCUGUGUCUGCCCCUGUAUAGUUGAGGUUACAAAUGUGGUCCAGCUAUGAAAACACAUCUGCAUCUGCUAUGCUGAGCUUGCAAUCUGGUUGUAAGGCAGCUUCCACAAGUCAGUUAACAGCCGCCCCCCCCCCCCCCGGGGGCUGGCUUUGAAUGUUAGCUGUCACUGUGCAGAGUUGCAUUGCGGUCACAUGAGCUGCAUGGACUUGGCCCUACCAUUGGUAUGUCCUUUGCUGAGCUGUUGUUUUGGCCUUCUGUAAUCAUUCAUUUCAUAUUUAUGGAGGCUCCUGUCCCUCCUAAAUGGUACUAAGUGAUGGAAGGAAACAUGGUUCCAUUUGUUCAGCCUUUUUGAAAGGGUACACUGAAACAAUUUACUUUCUCAUUAUCCUCGUUUCUGCAGUUCUAUGCAGAAAGACCAACAGUAGAAGAUAAUAGCCAGCAAUGGUCUCUUCUUAACUUUUUUUGGAAAUGAAGGCAUUGUAUUUUUAAGCCCAGUUCCCUGGUAUGUUUGUCCAAGCAAGGAGCUUCUUUCAUUGAAAUGUAGGAAACAUGCUCUCUGGGUCUAGAACAGGAAAUUGCCUCAUGUCAUCAUCUACUGCCACAAAUGUCUAACCCUCUGGCUUCAUUGCCUUUGUGAGCUAAGGUGGAGAAAAGGGGAUAGCUAACGUGGCCAGGGAUGCAGGUGGGUAUGGGAAAGCAACCCUCGAGCUAGUCCUGAGCUUAUGCCUUCUAUAACUGAGACAGUUCAUGAGGAAAGGAAAAAGAAUUCUCCCUUGCUUCCCCCAUGCACACUUGAAAUGAAAACAAGCUUGAACUCAUGUAAAGCUCUUGUUAUUCAGGAAGGAGAAUUUCAAUUUGGCUGGCAAAGCUACAACUUCAGAUCUGUUUCAAGUUUGAAAAUUGCAAGGGUUUUUGGAUCUCUGCUGCACCAGAUCUGAAGAGUGGCUGUGAAAAUGCAAAAGCAUUUCGAAGUAGUUGGUAUACUAUUUUAACAUAGGAAUAAUGCUGGCAGAAGUUGUUUGCAUCACUGCUUUACGGGCAGAAGCUAUAAUCAUUUCUGAAACUUAUCAAAGUAAUGCAACCUUUUCUCCUAUUGUCCAGCAAUCUUGCCAUAGGGACUGAUGCUUCCUCCUAGUGAAGGCUGUGACCUUAGUCAUGUUUAAUUGGGCGCAAAUUCCAUUGAACUUGGUUGGACUUCCUUCUGUGUAAACAUACUGCUUGAGGCUAUGCUUCUUCAGACUAAUUGUCAAGCUGUGCCAAACACUGAGCUGGAGCUUGCCAAGGACUAAUGGCUGCUUGUGAGCACUCUUGGUUUCAGGUUCAAGGGUCUUGCUUUUCCCCGGAAUGUGAUUCAUUAUGCUGGUGUACCACAGAAAUGCCGAGAAGGUCAUCCUUUCCCCCAUAUCCCAGAAUGUGUGUGUAGAAUUCAGUUUCUGUAUAGUCUUACUUCCACUUUUAAAAAAGCAUGUUUGUUGUGUUCUUAAAAUACAUAGGUAGUACUUCAUUAAAUCUCAACAGACAAAGGUGGUUAAAUUAGAUUUCCAGGGGCUGAUGAUGUGUGCAGCUUGCUGCCUGUGCUUUUGAUUUUAAAAUCAGUAAAGAGUUUCAGACUAUGUUAUGCAAUUAAAAAACUAGAGUAUAUCUUUUAAAUUUACCUUACUUACACAAGCCAUGGAAUUCCAGUGUUUCCUUUGAAUCAAUAUAAGUGUAUGCACACACAUUCUUUCUCUCUCUCCCCUUCCUUCCUAGAAGGAUAUAAUCUCAGUGGUUCUCAACCUGUGGGUCCCCAGGUGUUUUGACCUUUUACUCCCAGAAAUCCUAACAGCUGCUAAAUUGGCUGAGAUUUCUGGGAGUUGUAGGCCAAAACACCUGAGGACCCACAGGUUGAGAACCACUGAUCUAGAGGCAUCCCCUUCACCACUAACGUCUCCUUGGCCAAACUACCCAAGUCUUCUGUACAACUGCUUUCUCCAUAGCUGCACUACAUGCAUAGUGCUUUGGAAAGUAGAUUAUGAGGGAAAGCAUGUUCUCAGUACUAUGGAUGCGGAUUCCUUUGGCACAGAUAUCUGUCCUGAAAGACUGCUGAAUAUUACCGUCAUUGCCAAAACAAUGUCUUUAACCAUUUCUUUGUGCUUUGUGGUUCUUAAGAGACCUAGUCAGUUGCUGCUGAGUUUUCUUUCCAACAGGGUGAUCAUCAUACCGUAGUUCAGAGAACUUUUAAAGUAUCGCCUAAUGUCAAAAGAGAGAGGGGGCGAUACAUCUAAUCAUUGGCUGGAUACAAACCCAGUCCAGCUAUCUAUCAAUGAAGAUACAGCAAGUUAUUUCUAGCCGUUGGAAAAUAUGAGUGGUAGACUAAAUCUAAACAUAGAUUAAUCUUUAUCUGUCUACUACCAGAAGAUAGGCUAGUAGCUCUGCUGUUCCUCCAAAUUAUGGCAAACCUAAGCAUUUUCUGUCAUUUGCACUGAAACACAAUAGUCCAUGGUGCUGAUCUGACUGAAGUUAAGUUCAAUGAAAAGUGAUGGGAAAUUAAGCAAGGGCCAGUGAACUUCAACUGCUGUAGGGCACAUAAUUGUCAGUGGUACAUACACAUGUCCAAGUUGAAGACUAUAAAUUCAAGAUUGUUAGCCCUUGCUUAGCUUUUUCAGGUCUGACUCACAAUUUGCUUUAGUUAUAAUUCAUGCUGGAACUUCACAACUACUUUUCCACUACAUGAAAUCAUGAAGACUUUUUUGUGAUUUGUUCAUGCAGUUAUCUUCCCUCAAGAGCCAGCUGGUGUUUAAUACAUCUGCCCUCCCUCCCCCUGCAAAAAAAACAAACCCAAACCUCUCCUCCCAUCAGGCUGGAGCUCUAAGCUUCUUAUGCAGCACUGUAUUAAAUUCCUGGUCUUGCUGCUCUCUGAUGGGCAAAGCAGUUCUGUCUCAAAUGUUGGAGUGCCUUCUGCUUCCAGUUGUAUUUUCCUACCAAUCCCAGCUGCCACUGGCUUUUUAGACUGGCAUGUGCUACCUCAGCUUGUAAGAAAGGGGAUGUUGCUGGGGGGAAAGGGAGUGUUUAUGAAGUCAUGCACAGUGGGAGGAAAUCAUGGAGGUUUUUCUCUACCCUUUAACUGUGAACCUUAUUUGAUAAUUGUAAACAUUUCUCUGAGUGUUCAAAGAUUGAACCAAUCCCACAACAUUUUUAUAGACCAAUUAAAAUUGUUUGCAAAAGGA